AGAAGGGCAGAGGCAAACAGAAAGGGAAGAACGAACUCCUGUCUCAGCUCUGGAUGCUGGAAACAUCAAACCCAGGGACAUUAUUGUACCCCCUCUGUUCAGCUUAAGACAUCUGCAGAUCAAAAGAAGAGCGUUUGGUAGCACACACGGACAUCAACCUCUCAAACUGCAGGUUUGGAGUUGAUCCAGGAUGCAGUCAUACCUCACGCUGCUGCUGGGGAUUGUGGCCUCUGCUGCUUCAGCAGAAUGGAGUCGUCCGGUGAUCAAGUUCAACUCUAAGGUGGUGGGCAGUUCUGAGCUAGUGGUCAAACCCGGGACCCCUCUUGAUCUGAGGUGUGAGGGUGAUGGUCCAGUGAACUGGCAAACCAGGCUAGCCAAGCACAGACGCUACGUGUCCAAGGGCAACGGGAACGUCCGCACCCUAAAGGUGGACCGUCCCUCUGCAGAGUUCACUGGAACGUACAAGUGUUUUUACAUUGCUCAGCAUCGUGACCUGACCUCUUCAGUGCAUGUGUACGUAAAAGAUCCAAACCGUGUGUUCUGGACCAGCAGCACAUCCCUGCGGGUGGUGAAGAAAGAAGGUGAGGACUACCUGCUGCCCUGCCUGCUGACCGACCCAGCAGCCACGGACCUGGGCCUCCGCAUGGACAAUGGCACCACCGUACCACCAGGGAUGAACUUCACAGUUGACCGGCACCGUGGGAUUCUCAUCCACAGCCUCCACCCCAGCUUCAACGCUGACUAUGUCUGCACAGCCAAGGUCAACGGAGUGGAGAGGACCUCCAAGGCCUUUUCCAUCAAUGUCAUUCAGAAGCUUCGUUUCCCUCCGUAUGUCUUCUUGGAGACAGAUGAGUAUGUGCGCAUCGUUGGGGAGGAACUCAAGAUUCGCUGCACCACACACAACCCCAACUUCAACUACAAUGUCACCUGGAAAUACACCACCAAGUCGAAACCGACCAUCGAGGAGAGGGUUCGCUCAGGUGGAGAAAACCGGCUGGACAUACAGAGCAUACUGACCAUCCCUGCUGUGGACCUCGCAGACACAGGAAACAUUUCCUGCAUUGGUACCAAUGAAGCAGGGGUGAACAGUUCAACCACAUACCUGCUGGUUGUGGACAAGCCCUACAUCAGGCUGUUGCCCCAGCUGUCCCCUAAACUGGCCCACCAGGGUCUUUCGGUGGAGGUGAAUGAGGGAGAAGAUCUGGAGCUCAGUGUGAUCAUCGAAGCGUACCCUCACAUCACAGAGCACAGAUGGCACACACCAACAUCUCCCAACACGUCCACACAGGAGCACAAGUUCAUCCGAUACAACAACAGAUACCAUGCCACUCUGCAGCUGAAGAGAAUGAAUGCACAGGAGCAGGGCCAGUACACCUUUCAUGCCCGGAGUGACUUGGCUAAUGCAUCGAUCACGUUCCAAGUCCAAAUGUAUCAGAGACCAGUUGCUGUGGUGAGAUGGGAAAAUGUUACCACACUCACUUGCACCUCAUUUGGGUAUCCCGCUCCCAGAAUUGUCUGGUACCAGUGUUUUGGGAUACGACCUACGUGCAAUGAAAACACCUCAGGGCUUCAGAUGGCGAUCCCUCUCCAGGCUCCCACAGUGGAGGUCCAGAGGAAGGAGUAUGGGGCUGUGGGGGUGGAGAGCGUCCUCACUGUGGGGCCGUCCAGUCAGAGGAUGACGGUGGAGUGCGUGGCCUUCAACCUUGUCGGUGUCAGCAGCGACACUUUUGCCAUGGAGGUUUCUGAUCAGCUCUUCACUUCCAUUCUGGCUGGAGCAGCAGGGAUUCUGUCAAUCCUCCUUGUGCUGCUGAUUUUCCUGUUUUACAAAUAUAAGCAGAAACCCAGGUAUGAGAUCCGAUGGAAGAUCAUUGAGGCGAGAGAUGGAAACAACUACACCUUUAUUGACCCCACUCAGCUGCCUUACAAUGAGAAGUGGGAGUUCCCAAGAGACAAGCUGAGGCUAGGAAAGAUCCUGGGCGCAGGAGCUUUUGGAAAGGUCGUUGAGGCCACGGCCUACGGUCUGGGAAAGGAGGACAAUGUGAUGCGUGUGGCUGUGAAAAUGUUAAAAGCCAGUGCCCAUUCAGAUGAGAGGGAGGCUCUGAUGUCUGAACUGAAGAUCCUGAGCCACUUGGGACACCACAAGAACAUUGUCAAUCUUCUGGGAGCCUGCACCUAUGGAGGACCAGUGCUUGUGAUCACAGAGUACUGCAGCCUUGGUGACCUCCUCAACUUCCUUCGUCACAAGGCAGAGACAUUUGUGAACUUUGUUAUGAACAUUCCCGACAUCAUGGAGAGCUCAAAUGACUACAAGAACAUCUGCAAUCAGAAACAGUUCAUUAGAAGUGACAGUGGGAUCUCCAGUGCAUCAUCAAGCAGUUACAUGGAGAUGAGGCCCAGCCAGCUGCCAAUCAUGGAAUCACCUCAAGACCCUGUGUGUGAGGAGACUGGUGACUGGCCGCUGGACAUUGAUGACUUACUGAGGUUUUCUUUUCAAGUGGCUCAGGGCCUUGACUUUCUGGCUGCCAAAAAUUGUAUUCACCGAGAUGUGGCUGCCAGGAAUGUCCUCUUGACCAACCGCAGAGAGGCCAAAAUUUGUGACUUUGGCCUCGCACGUGACAUCAUGAAUGACUCCAACUAUGUGGUGAAGGGCAAUGCACGUCUGCCAGUGAAGUGGAUGGCUCCAGAGAGUAUUUUUGACUGUGUGUACACCGUCCAGAGUGAUGUCUGGUCCUAUGGGAUCCUCCUGUGGGAGAUAUUCUCUUUAGGCAAGAGCCCGUACCCCAGCAUGGCUGUGGACACCAGGUUCUACAAGAUGGUGAAGCGCGGCUACCAGAUGUCCCAACCAGACUUUGCCCCACCUGAAAUUUACAUGAUCAUGAAGAUGUGCUGGAACCUGGAGCCCACGGAGCGUCCAACGUUCAGCAAGAUCAGUCAGAUGAUAGAGAGACUACUCGGGGACCAACCUGAGCAGGAACAGCUAAUCUACCAGAAUGUGCAGCAGCAGGUCACAGAGGGUGAAGUGUGUGACGAACCCAAGUGCUGUGAUGGCCCCUGUGACCAGUCUUGUGACCACGAGGAAGAGGAGCAGCCACUGAUGAAGACCAACAACUACCAGUUUUGUUGAAAGCCCUCAGCACCAAUCAAUCAGUAAAUCAAUCACUCAUCAGCAAGCAUCAUGGGAUAAACUGUAGAUUGUGGUCAAAGUACCACAGUUUAUUCCAACCGCUGGACAGUUGCAGAGAGUCGCCAUCACAGCUAUUUUUUGCUGUUUGCGUCUGCUCGACAGACAGACGAGCAGCUGCAGCAAGCAUGUGACUUGCUUCUUUGCAGACCAUGACUAGAAAUUGCCACGUCUCACACCGGCUGCAGACAUGAAAGGAGGAAACAUGUCGACAAACCACACAAACAUCCAAAGCUGUAUCUUACCCUAAGCGUUACACCCUCACGGACUGUUUUAUCACUCCUUCUGUUAUGUAUUUGAGGUAUAAUCUGUUACAGCUUAUCCAAAGGAGACAAAAACCUGUCUGUUCUUUCUUCUCACGAGUGUUCUUAAUUAUAUAUUGUACACUAUGUUUAUUACUAUUUUUUAUUACUGUCCUUUGAGUGUGAAUGUCUUGUUUUUUGUGGAGAUUUCGGCCACUUUUGUCAGCAGGUUCACUUCCUUUUCAUCACUUUAUUGCAUGUAUGGUUUCUCGGAGGAAGCAAGCCAACAGGCACAAACACUGGAUCCAAAACUGUGAGAGCUGAGCCACCAAUCUUUAUGUGGUGCGGACGAGCUAGGUUUUAUUCUCUGAUCACCUUAAUUGAACAUCUAAAGAGUGCAAGUGUUUCUCCCUGGUUUAAACAUGCUAAAUCAACCAUGGAGAGGGCAAAGAAUGGCCAUGUUGUUUUCCUCUCUGUGCUUUGGUCAUAGCUGUGCUUCUUGUGACUCACUUACAGUAGCUGUCAGUUGGUGGCAACAUGUGAUUGUUCCACUGCAAUGUAAUUAAUUAACCAGUGUUCAGUGUGAUUUAGGAGCAGGGAAUACAACUGAACUGAGCAGGGAAAUCUGUGGAUCCGUGGUGGAUCAGGUGAACAAAGUUUCAUGUCUGACAAUGUGAAGGUUUUUUUUUUUUUUGUUGUUGUUGUUUUUUUGUUUUUUCACGGCACAACUUAAUCUUCUCAUUUCCUGUAAAGUUAGAAGAGUGUUAGGAUGUAAGCUUCACCCAUGUCUAUAUGUACCAGUCAGCCUACACUGCCAACUCUAUGAAGAUUUUAGAAUAACAUAAUAUAAGCUAUGUGAGAGAUACAGACUGCAAAUUUGUAUGACUUCAGGCAUUUCAAAUGUGCUUACAUCUGAAUGGAGCA